UCCAGAGGAAUAUACUUUGUUAAGUGUGAAGUUAUGGCCUCAAUGAAUCCCGAAUAUGACUAUUUAUUCAAACUUCUACUGAUUGGUGAUUCCGGUGUUGGAAAGUCAUGUUUGUUACUCAGAUUCGCUGAUGAUACUUACACCGAAUCGUACAUUUCAACCAUAGGAGUGGAUUUCAAAAUUCGCACCAUCGAUUUGGAUGGAAAAACUAUCAAACUACAAAUU